AUGCAAAUUCUGAACAGCAAUACAGUCAGCCCUACCUCAACAAACAUCAACAACUCUACACCUACAUCACAGGCUCAUGCAGCAGGUACAAGUGUUGCCUUACUAGCUUCCAAUAGUCCACACGAAUGGAUCAUUGACACAGGGGCAACUAAUCACAUGGUGUCUAAUCUCAAUUUAUUAGAUAAGACAACUGUAACUGCUCCUCCUAGUCCUAGAAAGGUUCUCUUGCCAAAUGGAGAUGUCACACAAGUAACUCAUGUUGGAGAUAGUCAUAUAUCACACAACAACACACUAAAAGAAGUACUUUAUGUGCCAAAGUUCAAGGUGAAGGAGAUUGGUAGAGAAAGAGAUGGACUGUACUUUCUUCAACAACAUGGCAAUAAGAGAUUGACUGCUGUGUCCUUGGCAGCUGUUAACACACAAGCUGACUCCUCAUUCCUAGCUUUUGUUCACACUCAGUUCAAUAAAACAGUCAAAGUGGUGAGAUCUGACAAUGGUUCUGAGUUUCUAAAUUCAGUAUGUAAGACAGUCUUCAAUAAGCUUGGUAUUCUUCAUCAAACCACCUGUGCAUACACUCCACAGCAGAAUGGAGUGGCUGAGAGGAAGCACAGACUACCAUCUUCAGUGUUGAAAGGAUGUUCACCUUAUGAGCUGCUGUACAAGAGAAGGCCUCAGCUAGGUCACCUCAGAACUCUAGGCUGUUUGUGCUUUGCUAAGCAAGUGCAGGAGACAGACAAGCUUAUGCCUAGGGCCAAACCUGCUGUUCUCAUGGGGUUUUCAGACACUCAAAAAGGAUAUAUUCUUUUGGAUAUCUCUACACAUCAAUUCUUUGUCAAUAGGGAUGUCGUCUUUCAGGAGGAUGUAUUUCCCUUCAAAGACUCUUCAAAUGUGUCUCCUCCUGUCUUCUCUUCCAUUCCCUCACCUCCUAGUUGUGAAGAGGUGUCCAGAUAUGCUUCUCCUUCCACUUCUUCUCCUCACAUAAAUCCUUUUAAUUCUUCUCCUCACAUACUUCCUUCUCCUUCUGAUAGUUCUAAACCUUUGUCCAUUGCCCCUGAGCCUUGUCCCCCUCUGAGGAGGUCUCUCAGACCAAAGCAUCCCCCAUUGUGGCUUAAGGACUUUGUCACUCCGCCCUCUGCCACCACUACACCAUAUUCCUUAGCCAACUAUGUGUCUUAUGACUCUCUAUCUCCUUCUUAUCAGUCCUUUAUUGCAGCCUUCUCCUCCAUUGUGGAACCAUCUUCCUAUGCUGAGGCUAUUCAAGACUCUAGGUGGGUGGAGGCUAUGAAAUCAGAAAUUGCUGCUUUGGGAGCUAAUCACACUUGGGAUGUUGUUUCACUUCCUCCAGGCAAGGUGCCUAUUGGUUGCAAAUGA